AUGAUGCGUUUCGGUUGGGCUAAUAGCCUUUUUGGUGGCUUUCUCAUAUCUUUAUGUUGUCCAUGUUGUUUUCUGCAAGUUUUUCUCAAUCUAUUCGGUAUCGGGUGUGCGGGACUGAACACUCUUCUUGUUCCCUAUCGACCUUUAUUCGUUUCAUUGACUGUUAUUUCAUUGACUUACUCAUAUAUUCGUUAUCGUCCAUCGAAAACUCAUUUUACAAUGAUGGUAAUGUUAACUUUAUGCUUAUCAUUGUCACCAGAAAUAUUUCAAAUGUUCAGAAAGGAAUCAGUAACUAAUGUGCAAUUAGGUGAUGAUAAUCAAAUGAUGAUUACACAUUGGAAAAUCGUAGGAAUGCAUUGUGAAUCAUGUCGAUCAACUGUAGUUCGCGCAUUUGGAAAAAUCGAUGGCAUUCUCGAUGCACAUGUUGAUCUCGAAAUGGGUCAAGCUGAUGUGACUGCACAUGUUCACAUUGAGGAUGAUGUGAUUAUUCAAGCUAUACAAUCAGAGGGAUUUCAAAUCUAUAAAAUCAUUUGA